UAGAGACUCAAAAAUAACACCAGCAUACAACUUUAUCAGAAGAAAAUAGGUUUAGUUUUGCUAUAAUUUACCUUUGGAAGUCAUUGGGCUUUGGAGUGAGGAUGAUCGCUUACUUGGCUCUGUGUAAAUACUUCUCUCUGGCCAUAGUUGUGGUCAUAGUUUCCUGUGUGAAUGGAAAGGACCCUCUAUUUGAUUGCCUACAAGACUCCGACUAUAAUGAGCUACUUAGAAUAGUGGACAAGGGUCUCCCCCACACCAGCACACCUCAUCAUAUUGCCAUCAUUGGGGCUGGCAUGGCUGGCCUAACGGCAGCAAAGUUUUUGGAGGAGGCAGGACACAAGGUAACCAUAAUAGAGUCAAGCAAUCGUAUUGGAGGACGGGUAGAGACGUACCGACCUAAGGGAGAGCAUUGGUACGCAGAACUUGGUGCCAUGAGGAUCCCUAACUUCCAUACAAUUCUGUUGAAGAUUGCAAACCAUGCAGGCCUUAGUCUGAACCCAUUCAUUGAGGAUAACAUUAAUACCUACUAUUUGGUGAAUGGGUUGCUGCACAAAAACUAUCUGGUGAAAGGGGACCCAGACGUCCUCAACUAUCCGUUGAAUGAAGAUGAGAGAGGGAAGUCUGCUGAUCAGCUCUUCGACUUGUCUUUGCAGAAGAUAAGAGAUUAUGUGAAGAACAAUGGCUGCCGUGCCAUGCUGGACAAAUAUGACAUGUUCUCUGUAAAGGAGUACUUUGUGAAGGAGGCCAAUCUGAGUCGUGGUGCUUUGCGGAUGAUUGGGGAUAUUCUGAAUGAGAACAGUUUAUUCUACACUGCACUCACAGAGGCUCUGUAUGAUCAGUCUGAUAUCAAUGAUGAGACUAUCUACUUUGAGGUGACAGGCGGGUUUGACAAACUACCCAAUGCCAUUUGCGAGGACUUGAAGGGCACCAUCCACUUAAAUUCCAAGGUGAAACGUAUCAGUCAGACCAGCAAUAAAGUGACCGUGUCCUACCAGGACCACCAUCUCUGGCACAAACCAUCCUCCCUCACCCACCUGACAGUUGACUACGCCUUGUUGACAGCCACCGCCAAGGCUACUCUCUUUAUCGACUUCCAGCCCCCGCUCUCAGCAGACAAGAUGGAGGCGCUGCGUUCGCUGCACUAUGAUAGCUCCACCAAGGUGGUCCUGAUAUUCAGUGAGAGGUUCUGGGAGAAGGAGGGCAUCAAUGGAGGGAGGAGCAUCACGGAUAUGCCCUCUCGUUUCAUCUACUACCCCAGCCACAGAUUCCCUAACACGGACAUCGGGGCCCUCUUGGCUUCCUAUACAUUCUCGGAUGACUCCACCCUCUUUCAAGGGGUGAAUGACGAGGAGCUGCAGGGUCUAGUGCUGGAGGACCUUGUCAAGAUCCACGGGGAGGGCAUACGGCCACUCUGCAUUGGAGGGCUGGUGAAGAAGUGGGCGCUGGAUCCCUAUAGUCUUGGGGCAUUUGCCCUCUUCACCCCGUACCAACAUAUAGACUAUGCCUCAGAACUGUUCAGGAAUGACAAUAGGAUCCACUUUGCUGGGGAGCACACAGCCCUGCCUCAUGCCUGGAUAGAGACGGCCAUGAAGUCUGCUCUAAGGGCAGCUAGAAAUAUCAAUAACCUCAGUGAGUAGAGAACGGGUGCAGUACAGUAUAUACUCUAAUCCACUGGUGAAAGCGUAUGUCUGUAUACUCUGGAGAAGAGAGAACAUGUACAGUUGAAGUCAGAAGUUUACAUACACCUUAGCCAAAACCAUUUAAACUCAAUUUUCACAAUUCCUGACAUUUAACCAAAGUAAAAAUUCCCUGUCUUAGGUCAGUUAGUAUCACCACUUUAUUCUAAGAAUUUGAAAUGUCAGAAUAAUAGUAGAGAGAAUUAUUUAUUUCAGCUUUUAUUUCUUUCAUCACAUUCCCAGUGGGUCAGAGGUUUACAUACACUCAAUUAGUGUCAUUGUCCAUUUGGAAGACCCAUUUGCUACCAAGCUUUAACUUCCUGACUGAUGUCUUGAGAUGUUGCUUCAAUAUAUCCACCACAUUUUUCUUCCUCCAUUGAUACCAUCUAUUUUGUGAAGUGCACCAGUCCCUCCUGCAGCAAAGCACCCCCACAACAUGAUGCUGCCACCCCUGUGCUUCACAGUUGGGAUGGUGUUCUUCGGCUUGCAAGCCUCCCCCUUUUUCCUUCAAAUAUAACGAUGGUCAUUAUGGCCAAACAGUUCGAUUUUUGUUUCAUCAGACGAGAGGACAUUGCUCCCAAGGAUGAACCAGACUUGUGGAGGUCUACCAUUUUUUUCUGAGGUCUUGGCUGAUUUCUUUUGAUUUCCCCGUGAUGUCAAGCAAAGAUGUACCGAGUUUGAAGGUAGGCCUUGAAAUACAUCCACAAGUACACCUCCAAUUGACUCAAAUGAUGUCAAUGUGUGGGAUGUGUGGGAUGGAUGGAGGCUGCAGUGUGUGCAUUUUGGGGACUCAUCUGCUCAUGUUGAGGGUGAGAUCUCCUGUCUGUUGGGUAGAAUGGGUCUGCUGCUCAGGAAGAAGAGGACUUCUGCAGGUACAGUUGAAGUCGGAAGUUUACAUACACCUUAGCCAAAUACAUUUAACUCAGUUUCCCAAUUCCUGACAUUUAAUCCAAGUAAAAAUUCCCUGUCUCAGGACAGUUAGGAUCACCACUUUAUUUUAAGAAUGUGAAAUGUCAGAAUAAUAGUAGAGAGAAUGAUUUAGUAUUUGGUAGCAUUCCCUUUAAAUUGUUUAACUUGGGCCAAACGUUUCGCGUAGCCUUCCACAAGCUUCCCACAAAAAGUUGGAUGAAUUUUUGCCCAUUUCGUGCUUCACGGUUGGGAUGGUGUUCUUCAGCUUUCAUGCAUCCCCCUUUGUCCUCCAAAUAUAAAAAUGGUCAUUAUGGCCAAACAGUUCUAUUUCUGUUUCAACAGACCAGAGGACAUUUCUCCAAAAAGUACAAUCUUUGUCCCAAUGUGCAGUUGCAAACCGUAGUCUGGCUUUUUUAUGGCUGUUUUGGAGCAGUGGCUUCUUCCUUGCUGAGCUGCCUUUCAGGUUAUGUCGAUAUAGGACUUGUUUUACUGUGGAUAUAGAUACUUUUGUACCUGUUUCCUCCAGCAUCUUCACAAGAUCCUUUGCUGUUGUUCUGGGAUUGAGUUGCACUUUUCACACCAAAGUACGUUCAUCUCUAGGAGACAAAAUGCAUCUCCUCCUGAGCGGUAUGACGGCUCCAUGGUGUUUAUACUAGCAUACUAUUGUUUGUACAGAAGAACGUGGUACCUUCAGGCGUUUGGAAAUUUCUCCCAAGGAUGAACCAGACUUGUGGAGGUGUACAAUUUUUUUUCAGAGGUCUUGGCUGAUUUCUUUUGAUUUUCCCAUGAUGUCAAGCAAAGAAGCACUGAGUAUGAAGGUAGGCCUUGAAAUACAUCCACAUGAGGUUGAAGGACACAAAUGAUGUCAAUUAGCCUAUCAGAAGCUUCUAAAGCCAUGACAUCAUUUUCUGGAAUUUUCCAAGUUGUUUAAAGGCACAGUCAACUUAGUGUAUGUAAACUUCUGACCCACUGGAAUUGUGAUACAGUGAAUUAUAAGUGAAAUAAUCUGUCUGUAAACAAUUGUUGGAAAAAUGACUUGUGUCAUGCACAAAGCAGAUGUCCUAACUGACAAGAAAUUUGUGGAGUGGUUGAAAAGCGAGUUUCAAUGACUCCAACCUAAGUGUAUGUAAACUUCCGACUUCAACUGUAUUUGUUUAUGUACACUGAAAGACCAACAGUACGUGGAUCCCUGCUCGUCGAACAUCUUCUUCCAAAAUCAUGGGCGUAAAUAUGGGCCAGUCAAGUUCUUCCACACCGAUCUCGACAAACCAUUUCUCGCUUUGUGCACAGGGCCAUUGUCAUGCUCAAACAACAAAGGGCUUUCCCCAAACCAUUGCCACAAAUUUGGGAUGCACAGAAUUGUCUAGAAUGUCAUUGUACGCUGUAGAGUUAAGAUUUCCCUUCAGUGGAAGUAAGGGGCCUAGGCCAAACCAUGAAAACAGCCCCAGAUCUGUAUUCCUUCUCAACCAAACUUUGCAGUUGGCACUAUGCGUUGUGGCAGGUAGCGUUCUCCUGCCAUCUGCCAAAACCAGAUUCGUCAGUCUGACAGCCAGAUGGGGAAGAUUCAUCACUCCAGAGAAUGCGCUUCCACUGCUCCGGAGUCCAAUGGCGGCGAGCUAUAUACAACUCCAGCCGAAGCUUGGCAUUGCGCAUGGUUAUUUUAGGCUUCUAUGCAGCUGCUUAGCCAUUGAAACCCAUUUUAUGAAGCUCCUGAUGAACAGUUAUUGUGCUGACAUUGCUUCAAGUGGCAGCUUGGAUCUCGGUAAUGAGUGUUGUAACCAAGGACAGACAAUUCUUUACGCACUAUGUGCCGUUCUGUGAGGUUGUGUGGCCUACCAUUUCACGGCUGAGCCGUUGCUGCUCCUAGACGUUUCCACUUCACAGUAACAACACUUACUUAAUCUAUGGAGAUUGCAUGGCUGUGUGCUCGAUUUAUACACAUGUCAGCGAUGGGUGUGGCUCAAACAGCCAAGUCAACUAAUUUGAAGGGGUGUGCACAUACUUUUGUAUAUACUGAAUAGUGUAUCUGUAUGCUUCAGGAAGUCCAUGACAAAAUGUUCUAUCCACGAUCUUUAUAGCAAUGCUCCUUACAUAGAAUGACAGCAAAAAACAAUCAAAUUAAUAAUGGCACAUUAUCAAUAUUAAUAAAAAGUGUUGAUAAAAUUCUCGCAAUUGAAAUGUUAACUGUGCUUAUUAUGUGUUAGGAGUGUUAUUGUGUUCAUAUGUUAAGGCUCCUCAUCUACAUUCAUAUAUUGAACUGUUUUAUAUGGAGUAUUUUUAUACAGUACCUGCUGCAUAAUCAUGAAUGAGAAACUAAAAUUGAUCAUUUACAGUGCAUUCACAAAGUAUUCAGACCCCUUCCCCUUUUCCACAUUCUGUAACUUUACAGCCUUAUUCUAAAAUGGAUUAAAUACAUGUUUUCCUUCGUCAAUCUACACACAAUACCCCAUAAUGACAAAGCGAAAACAGGUUUAGAAAUGUUUGCAAAUGUAUUACAAAUAAAAAACUGAAAUACCUUAUUUGCAUAUUCAGACCCUUUGCUAUGAAACUCGAAAUUGAGCUCCGGUGCAUCCUGUUACCAUUGAUCAUCCAUGUGAUGUUUCUAUAACUUGAUUUGAGUCCACCUGUGGUAAAUUCCAUUGAUUGGACAUGAUUUGAAAAGGCAUACGCCUGUCUAUAUAACAGCAAAAACCAAGCCAUGAGGUUGAAGGAGUUGUCCAUAGAGCUCCGAGACAAGAUUUUGUCGAGGGGUACCAAAACAAUUCUGCAGCAUUGAAGGUCCCCAAGAACACAGUGGCCUCCAUCAUUUUUAAAUGGAAGAAGUUUGGAACCACCAAGACUCUUCCUAGAGAUGGCAGCAUGGCCAAACUGAGAAAUCGGGGGGAAGGGUCUUGGUCAGGGAGGUGACCAAGAACCCUUUGGUCACUCUGACAGAGCUAAAGAGUUCCUCUGUGGAGAUGGAAGAACCUCCCAGAAGGACAAGCAUCUCUGCAGCACUCCACAAAUCAGGCCUUUUUAGUAGAGUGGACAGAAGCCACUGCUCAGUAGAAGACAAAUGACAGCCUGCAUGGAGUUUUCCAAAAGGCUCAUAAAGGACUCUCAGACCAUAAGAAAUGGUGGUGGCGGCAUCAUACUGUGGGGAAGUUUUUCAGCAGCAGGAACUAUGAGUAGACUAGUCAGGAUCGAGGGAAAGAUGAACGAAGCAAAGUACAGAGAGAUCCUUGAUGAAAACCUGCUCUAGAGUGCUCAGGACCUCUGACUGGGGCAAAGGUUCACCUUCCAACAAGACAACGACCAUAAGCACACAGCCAAGACAAUACAGGAGUGGCUUCGGGACAAGUCUGAAUGUGCUUGAGUGGCCCAGCCAGAACCCGGACUUGAACCCGAUUGAACAUCUCUGGAGAGACCUGAAAAUAGCUCUGCAGUGAUGCUCCCCAUCCAACCUGACCUAUCUUGAGAGGAUCUGCAGAAAAGAAUGGGAGAAACUCCCCAAAUAAAGGUGUAAAUGUCAUAUUUCAGUUUUACAUUUUUAUAAACUUGCAGAAAUGUCUAAACCUGUUUUUUGUUUUGUCAUUAUGGGGUAUUGUGUGAAGAUUGAAAAAACGAUUUAAUCCAAGGCUGUAAUGUAACAAAAUGUGUAAAAAGUCAAGGGGUCUGAAUACUUUCCGAAUUUUCUGUACAUAAUUUUAAUUACAUAUCAAUGAUUAUGUUAUGAUCAGUACAUUUACUAGUUGAAAAUAUUGUUACUUUCAAAAUAAAACUUUUAACAAAUCCAAUGGGAGAACCAAAUUAUUGUUGAUCAUGACAAUUACUUGAACAGUCUGGACAGAAAUAGAAACAGAUCCACUUACUGAAUA